AUGUCCUGCUCUGCCGACAUCCGCUACGUGACGGAAGAAAGCUCGGCGAAGAUUAAUCGGGGUCGCAGGGUGAAAAAGGCCAAAUCAUCAACCAGCCUAGAUCAUAUCGUUAAAAAGGCCUGCUCCGGAAGUCGCGUUCCUUCGGCUCCUUCUCGUGGUGGUCUGACAGACAAGGGCAGAAAAUCCGCUGUGGCUUUUUCUGAGUCCAACCGAGGCAAGAAGGCAGGCAGAAUCAAGAAAGAUAAGCCGAAGCCAUCCACGAGCAAUUAA